GUUUUGUUUUGCGACUGCAAACAUUGAAAAAAUGACGAAAAAGUGCCUGUUAAAAACGUAUUCCACAGUGAAAAUAACUAAAAAGAUUGCCCUGUAUGUGUUUCCAGCAUCAAGGAGCGAUAUAUGUAUGAAUCUGUUGAGUGUGAGGCGACUUGCAAUUUUUACAUUUGAACGAAGAACUUCUGAUGAACUUUUAAACUGUAAACAAGUACACGUCGACUGUCAAAAAAAAGUUCAUUCUGUUCAUUUUUGUGAGGUUAUGUCAUGUUCGUGCAAAACCUAAUUAGGUUUUGCACGAUGACGACACAAAUGAACUGCCGAUGAAUCAAGUUCAUCUUUGACAGUUGCCGUGUACUUGUUUUGUUUUGCGACUGCAAGUUAAAAAUUGAAAAAAUGACGAAAAAGUGCCUGUUAAAAACGUAUUCCACAGUGAAAAUAACUAAAAAGAUUGCCCUGUAUGUGAUUCCAGCAUCAAGGAGCGAUAUAUGUAUAAAUCUGUUGAGUGUGAGGCGACUUGCAAUUUUUACAUUCGAACGAUGAACUUCUGAUGAACUUUUAAACUGUAAACAAGUACACGUCGACUGUCAAAAAAAGUUCAUUCUGUUCAUUUUUGUGAGGUUAUGUCAUGUUCGUGCAAAACCUAAUUAAAGUGGUCAUCGUGCAAAACCUAAUGAGUGAGCUAGUGAGCUGCGGUUCUUUUGAAAAGAGCUGUGAGCUGUCAGCUCACUUCAAUGAUUCGAUUCACUGGAACAGCUCAGGAGCGAAUUGCCCAUCUCUAGUCAUCAGAAUAAGCGAACACAUUGCCUUGAAAAAUUAAAAAUACUUGAAAACACUUUGGUGAACCAAAUGAUAGUUUAGUAAAAAAAAAGUUCUUGUAACUGAAAAUAGGAAAAGAGAAACUCCUGCAAUUCAGGCCUUUUACAAUAUGAAAACAGAAACGCAGAUUCAGAACGACACAGGAGAAAGCUGCUUUUGUGUUUCGCAUUGCAGCAAUAACUGUUUUCCUAAGAAUGUAAAUUACUUUUUUGUUCUGGCUCUGGAACCGUAUCUGAAAGGUCUCAAUAGCUCAUGAUAAGAAAAUACACAUUUAUUUGGAUGUAGGUCUUAUAUGCGAUUAUGAAUUCAUCUCUCACUAAUAUGCAAUUUACUUUAUUGCGUUUGUGGUGGAUUAAUGUAUUUUUGUAGAGCUAAGUCCGUCAAUACAAACUUUAAAAAAUCUAGUAGAAUUAAAUUUCGUUGAACCUAAAAUGGAUUUAUCAUUGAGGGACAAGAAAAUAGUAGUGACCGGCGCUGGACAAGGAAUUGGUAAUGAACUAUGUAAAACACUAGUGAACAUGAAUGCCCAGGUGAUAGCAGUUUCACGAUCACUCGGUCCAUUAGAAGCACUAAAAUCGGAAUGUCCUUCGAUUGAAAUUAUUCAAGUCGAUCUAAGCGAUUGGAAUGCAACUACUGAGGCUUUGAAAGCAAUUGAUAGAGUUGAUGGGCUGGUUAACAAUGCAGGUAUAGCUAUUAUUAAACCAUACGAGGAGCUAACUGAGCAGGAAUUUGACACAACAUUCAACAUCAAUAUAAAAGCGGCCUUCCACGUGUGUCAACUGCUCAUCCCAAAGAUGCCAUCGGGUGCCAGCAUCGUAAAUCUAUCGUCACUGGCUAGCAUCAAGGCAUUCCAAGGACAUUCGGUUUAUUCCAUGACCAAGGCAGCAAUGGAUGCAAUGACUAAAAGCUUAGCUUGCGAGCUAGGGCCGAAGAAAAUUCGAGUCAACAGUGUCAAUCCUACCGUUAUCCUGAACAGGAUGGGACGCGAGAACUGGAGUGAUCCAGCCAAAGCCGACCCGCUGAUCGCAAAAAUACCUCUCGCUCGUUUCGGUGAAGUUCAAGAUGUAGUUGAACCAAUCGUAUACUUGCUGAGUGAUAAAUCUCGAUAUAUCAAUGGGCACUGUUUGCCCGUGGAAGGCGGAUAUCUUGCGGGUAACUGAUGUUCAGAUGUUGAUAAUAAAAACAUGUUUUAUUAAA